CGCUGGGAGAAGCAACACGGGGAUGAGCGCAGGCUGAACCGCGUCGCCAGCCACUCGCACGCCGCACGCCCGUCGCAUCAGCUGCUCUCUGCCCCCGACAGCGCCGCAGGAUUUACCGCGGAACGGACGGAGGAGUUGGACCAGGCGGUCUCCAUCCUUGGGGGGGAAGGUGAGUGCCCUUCCUCCGAUCCUCGUCCUGUAAUCACACGAAUAAACAUCACUGGUUGUCCCUGCGCGAGGAGGAAGAGGAGGAGGAGGAGGAGGAGGACACACGGGGUUUAUUUUGUUAAACCAUCCACGGGAAUUUGGCGCAGGCAAAUGCAAAGUGUUAUUUAAUAGGCUACAGAUGAAAGUGUGACAUCGUUUCAUACGAUCAAAUUGUCUGAAGAGGAAGUCUAUUGUGUCUAUUACCCAACUGAUUUGAAACCUUAAGGCGGACAGAUCGGAUCAUUUACUUAAUCUUUUUUGGGAUUCUCUUCGGGAACAAUCGUGUUUUAUGAUCCCUGGGAAGGAAAUUAUAUUAUCAUAUAAUUCCUUUUCAUCGCCGUGUUUCAAAAUCAAAGUGUGUACGUGUGAAGUGUGCAUCUCCUGUGCCCCACCUAGACAGGUAAAUCUAUUUAACAAAGACAUGUCUUAUUUUAAAGUGUAUGUUUGAGUUAACAAUUUGAAUUUCCUUCUGGAACACUGCGUGCCUGUGAGGUGCAUUUAAAGUGAAUGAAGUGAGGUGUGUGAAUGUUAUUCACGAUACAAAUCAAACUAAUUCUGUCAAAGGGAAAUAUUUUAAUUUAUAUGAAUAUUUUUUAGGUUUUAGUAUGUAAAAUUUACCAUGGCUUAAUAUCUCCCUGGUUUUGUGAUGGUGUGUUGAAGGAACGUCUUAUAGGACAGCAAGAACAUGUGACUGGUCAGUGAUGGUCAGUGCUUUCUAGAGCCUGCAGCCGAGGAUGUCUGCCACCGAUUCCGACAGCUCCAUCGACUGGCUGGCGAGUGACAAUGAGAGCGAGCAGGAGCCCGACUGUAGAGGAACGCAGAGCCAGACGGAGGCUCCUUCCUCCCCGAGCGGCUCGCCACACCUGGGCCCGUCUGGCGGCGGCGGCCGCCGGAGCGGCGAGGCGAAGGAGGGCGACAGUCACUGCAGCGAGGUCGGGGUAUUCACCCCCGGCCGCGGGGGGGCAUGGGCCGGCACCACGGGACUGCGUCAUGCACAGCAAGCGGAAAAAACGAGCGGCAAAAACUCUCAGCAGGCGCUGAAGAGACCUCGCGGCUCCACAGAGGAGGACUGCAAAGAGCGGCAGCUCAUUUCCAACGUGUCGGAGAAAAACCACAUUUUUUGGAAGAAGUGCAUGGAGCUGCAAUGCUACAUUCAUCCACUGUCAUCUAUCUUGAAUGGCCUUCGUUCAGGGAGAUACAGAGAACGACUCAGCAGUUUCCAGGAGAGUGUAGCCAUGGACAGGAUCCAGAGGAUCAUGGGUGUCCUGCAGAACCCGUGCAUGGGGGAGAGAUAUAUUAAUAUCAUUCUCAAAAUGGAGGAGAUGCUAAAGACCUGGUUCCCUAAUAUACAACUCCGAGACCAACUCACCAUCACCCAGAGCGAAGAAGCUCUUCCUACCAAGAAACUGAAGCUAUCUGCAGCGACGGCCCCUGAAGCCACGAGCCCCGUCAGCGAUCCUCCAGCAGGCGUCGAAGCCCUGAGAGCCACUGACCCCGCCGCCCCCGGAGCCUACUCCGCCAGCAACCUGAAGUGGCUCCACACGUCACCCAUCUGCUCGCACGCAGCGGAGCGGGCCGGCCGCGGGCACCUGCCGUCCCCCAGAGACCUAACGCAGGACAGCGCCGUGUCCUCCAGCACGGACAGCCGCGCUAAGACCGACUCGGCGCCCAGAUGCCCUCCGCCGGGCAAAAUAAACGCACCCUGCCUAGAGCGGCUCCUCAUGUCAACUGAAAGCAUCAUCGUCCGUAAGGGGACGGGGGGUUUGACGCACAGCAGCUGGUCCUAGUCCUGCGUGGACGGCCGGGUGUCAAGCUGGAAGCGCCGCCCGAGAGAGGGAGCCAGACGCUCAGCCCAUUCCAGGCAUCAGGACAGGAGCCCUCCACAGGGAUGUCACAAAUACCACUUCAACGUGGAUGGAGCGUCGACGAACAUGGACUGUGUGUACGGGAAUGCGCCCUCUCUGACAUGACAAGUGUCCGCUUUGGUUCCCCCCUGUUGAGUAAUCUUUCCUCUUUGUUUGUUUUUUUGUUGCACUCUUGAAUUUGUUGUGGGAGAGCGGGGAGGAUGGAUUUGACACGCAGGAGAUCACCACAACUGAACUAUUCCCACUGGCUUGUAUAUGCAAUAAUACAAUUUGAGUAAAUGUGAAACCGCCAUUAUGCCUGAAAGGGAAAGAUCUGCGCGAGUAGUUUGUAUCGGAAGGGGAUUUUUUUUGUUUAGAUAUCCAGAUUCGUCAGUGGUCUACAUAUUGUGUUGAAAAUGUGGGUGAAAUGUGAUGUUACUCUCUCGCCCCCACCCAACCCUUUGAGUUCAUUGGUGUGACUGUUACUCAUUUGUAUACUUUAUUAAUAAGUCUUUUGGUACAACUGUUCUACCUCAGUGGGCACCACGUCAGCGUUGGUGAGCAGGAAUGUGAACGCUCCACUCAAAGUCUGGACACGUCUUCUGCAGCAAGCCGGAUGGCGUCUGACGGGGACGAGUCGUUGCGGAGGAGGAUUCUCUCCCCCCCCGUGGAGGAUGUGGGGGGGUGCUGUCAUGGCCUGACCGGUGCCAGUGUAAAGAAUGUCAACUGCAGAUUUGUUUUUUCGAGUCUCCCAGUAGAAGGCAAACAGUGCCUGUAAUGUCAAGCUGUGCCUGUAAGCCGGUAUGAUGAAGAGGGAGAACAGUUCAGAGAAGCUGCUCCUCUGUGGGAUGUACAAAUCGGGAAUUCUCACUCUCCUACCAUUCCCUGUAUCGAAUAAAUUAUUCAGAUCUUGCCAACUGCUUUCUGUGGUUGGAGUAGAACAAUUAUUUUAUUUUGCCACAGAACUGGACAGUAGAGAGGGACGUGAUAUUUCUCUGUGCAAAUCUUACAGAACGGUUGUAGAUUUUCCCUGAAAAGUGGCCUUUAUAGUGUGAAAUUUUAUACUUUCAAAAAUAAAUGUGAUUUUAUUUGUUUGAUGCAAAA